UGGGAUUUGGAGAAAUCUUUACUUAAGAGAUGGUAAGAACUCCUUUCUAUGACAAAAAUGGAAUGAAGAAAGGUGCAUGGAGCAAAGAAGAAGAUGAUAAAUUAAGAGCUUAUGUUCACAGAUAUGGUCACUCUAAUUGGCGUCAACUCCCCAAGUUUGCAGGUUUAGCAAGGUGUGGGAAAAGUUGCAGACUUCGAUGGUUGAAUUACUUGAGACCAAAUCUAAAACACGGGAACUACACCCGAGAGGAAGAAGAAAUAAUCAUCAGAUUACACCAACAAUUUGGAAAUAGAUGGUCCUUGAUUGCUGAAAAACUUCCUGGAAGAACAGACAACGAGGUAAAGAACUAUUGGCAUAGCCAUCUGAAGAAGAGCUUGAAGAUGAAUGAAAUCACAGCAUCUGAGUUGAAGUCCAGGGCAUGCGAUAACAACAGUUUUGAAGGAAAUUUAAAGGAGAGUCGUGAAUAUGAAAAUUCUGAAAAACUAGGAGGAAAUAGUGGUGAUAUCUUCCCUCAUAUUUUAGAAAGUUCAAUGGCCAUUUCCGCAGAAACACCAGAAGGAGAAAACUAUUCGCUUAAUGAUGAAGAAGAUGGUGUUCCUCCAUUAGUAUCGUACAAAGAAUUCAGUGGUGAUUUUUGGUCUGAGCCGUUCCUCGUAGAAGAUAGUAUUGAUGAUACUUAUAAAGAUGAGAUUUGCAGUGGUAAAGGAAUGGCUUUGUUGAUUCCAAGCUUCGAUGGCGCAUAUUUUUUGUAAAAAAAUGUUUGAGAUUGCGUCUUAUUUUCGAAGAUAAUUGCGACCACAUAUUAUUAAGUGGAUUGACUUUGGUUUAAUUUGAGCAUAAGUGUUUGUUAAUUAUAUGGGAUACUAUGUAACCAUGACAAGUGUGCUGCGUUAUGUAAUUAAUAAUCUAUAUGGCAUAAGUAAUUAGGAUAAAAUAUGAUUGUACUUUUUUUGACUAUUUACAGAAAUACUACAGUAA